AAAUUUUAAAGGAAGUAAUGUGUAUUUGGGAGUAUUUGGGAGUGGAGCUCAAGCAUUCUUGAGCUCUAUUUCAGGGAAUUAUCACCUGAAGGAAGGUUAAGGAACGGAUUCACAGCUGUUCCAUCCCAGACCUCUUGGCCAGUGACAGACCAGAGACAUUUGGUACAAUGAAUGCCCUGCAUUUUGCUGCUACGUUCUUUUCCUUCAUCAGCCUUCUGUUCCUACUCGCUGCUUUGGGUUCAGACUAUUGGAUAGUGGAUUCCAACAAACAGCUUGGUCUAUGGAAAUAUUGUGAUCACGGAACAUGUUACUUACUAGGUGUGAAAUCAGUGUCAGCCUAUUUACAUGCCACCCGAACCUUUAUGUUUCUGGGGAUGAUCUCUGGAGCUGUCUCUCUCGUUGGGCUUUGCAUGCUGAAUGAAAAAUGCAGUUUUGGCAAUACCAGUAUCUCCACAGGCUGGAUCGCAUAUAAUGGCAGCUUUAUUGCAGGCUUCUGCGUCAUGAUUGCCAUGUCCAUUUUCUCAGGAACAUUUGGUUCCACCAACCAAUAUGGAUGGUCUUUCGGCUUAGGCUGGGCCUCUUUUCCAUUGUACAUUCUAACCGGUUCUCUUCUUUAUAGAUUGCAUAAGAGUACAGCAACAUCAGCAUAGAAGAAAUAUGGUGCUGCCUUUGGAGAUGACCAGUGAAACUGCACUGGUAAUCUGGGGGCACAGAGAAUGUCCAAUCAGAAUUAUUUGCCCUGCACCAAAUUUAUAAGAUGAAGGAUGAAGGCAGAAGAAUUAGUUUAACUUUAGAAAAACAGCUGUACAUUUCCAGCCCCUCCCCGUCCCAUUUUUCUCUAAAAUAUUCAGAUUGUUUCUUUCUGAAGGCCAUUCAGAUUCGCAAAUGUUAAGAAUUUUGGGAGACUUCUGCAAGCAGAUCCCAGGAAGCAGGAAUUCUACUCUUUUCCCUUCUUUCCUGUUCCAGGAAACCAAAGGUGCUUUUUGAUUGAUCUGUGCUCUGAGGGUCCACACCCAUUUGCACUAUUCAGGUGACCCAGAGAGCACAGAUAAACCCCUAAGUGGCCUCA